UACAAACAAACCAAUAUGUCUUCUUUCGCUUUCUUUUUACUGUGUGUUCAGGCUUGCCUCAUUCAGGCGGUGUACACUCAGUGCGGUUUCGCUAACACUCCUGCAGCCAACGCUGCUGCUGCGAAUGCUGCAGCUGCUAACGUCGCUGCUGCAAAUGCUGCAGCGAUCAGAGCUACUGGAUACGGCCCUGGUUGGGCUGGUCCCGCUGCAUAUGCUCCCGCUGCGGCGUACAGCGGCAACGGCGCCGGUAAUGUGGCGGUGGCGGGUGAAUUAGACGUGGCCGGUUCCACCCUGGUCGCGGGUCAAGUACCAGUGCUUGGUGAGGUGAAAUUCAGCGGACCAAUUCCCGCUGCCGGUGCUGUCACCAUCUCCGGGUCCUGCGGAUGUGGAUGCGGAUAUUAAUUUUGAUGAUAAUUUAAAUAAAAUUUAGUAAAUAAUAUGCAAUUUAAAAUGU